CGAGAAGCAGAGUACUGUGGAAGCCGCCUCCAUUUCCCCCCUUCUCCUUGCCUAGUUUCCCCGGCGCUUCUUAACCAUCCCCGCCGCACAAGGAGGGACACCGGCUGAAGCUCCAAGCACCCGGCCGCCGAAUCGAUAGCCGCGAGAGACAAGUUGCUCUCAUCUUGGCUGCUAGCGCUCAAGAGCAAGGCCAUGGACAACUGCACCGACCAGAACCUUGCACCGAGGGGCACUGGAUUCUUCAGGGCCCCUGGCCUGUUUGUGAGGCUAAGCAACAAAGGCCUAAAUGCAGUAGACCCUGACUCAGUCUGGAGCCCAACCUCGCCUCUGGAUUUCAAGAAUCUGCCAUCAAACACUGUGAACACCAAUCUUAAGGCCUCAGGGUUACAAGGUAUUGAAGCUGAUCUGAAGCUCAGAACUUGCUCUCCCAGAGUUGGUCUCGGUCUCGUCGAUGCCCUCACAGCCAACGAGAGCUCGUUGCACUUUGGGGGCAAGAACUCCUUUCUUGAAUCCAUUAGACCAUUUCUUGAGCUUGCGUUGCCAAAGGUGGCUACCGAUGCAUCUGGUCAGAAGACCGGUUCGACUGGUGCCGCCAUGAACGGGGUUACAGGCUUUGCUCAGUGUGAAGACGAAGAGUACACCUGCGUGAUCCAGCAUGGCCCGAACCCGAGGACGACGCACAUUCUCGGAGGCGAGACAGUGGAGGUGUCCAAGGGUGUUCGUUCCAACAGGCCAAUUUUCAGCAUUGAGCCUAUCAGCGAGCAGUCAUGGCCGUCGAUGCCAGCUGAUGGUGUCACUUCUGGUUUGUGCUCCUACUGCAGGAGGAGGCUGCGACAGGACAGGGACAUGUACAUGUAUAUGGGCGAGAAGGCGUUCUGCAGCAACGAGUGCAGGAAGUGCUGCAUUGAGGAGGAGAUCGAGGAGGUGGAGGAGCUUAUGAUGCUGGAUUCUGGCAAUUGUGCUGCUCUGAAUUGAUCAAGAUUCGCUGGUGGUGGCAGGGUACCGUUGCCCACAAGCGUCUGCUCUUGUUUUUGGUUUCAAACUAGUAGGGCUCAGUAGGGAAGGAGAAAAACGCUUCUCAUUCUAGUUUUUUUCUGAAUGGAGGAGAGGUUUUGAGUUAGCCAGUGUCUGCCAUAGUGCAAUGGCUAGACCAUUUUCAUGGGUAUU